AUGGCACGUUCGGACUCUUGUCGGUAAAUUUGAUUCGCGUCAAAGGACGUUACAACGUUGGAAGCAUUAGGCUCCCACACGAGAUGUCAUGUGUUUGAUGGUUUUAGGUUAGAACCAGUAGCGGCUGUGAUUGUGGUGAAGUAUUGGACCAGCAGGUGAAUCUAUCGAAGAUUAUCGAAACAGAUAGUGUAUAUGGGCAGUAUUGUAAGAUAAACAUCAACAAGGGGUGGUAUCCUCAAGAACCAAGCCAAUUCCUGACGAAAUAUUUUCACACUGCAUGUGAUGCUCUACUAAGCAAUAAUGGAAAGCUUUGGAAGCUUACUUUGAGAGAUAUAAGCGAAAACCCCAGAGUUGGGCCUAUAACAGACUGGUUCUAUCGUUUUGGGUACUUUAUGUUAAUGAAAGAUAGCAUACCCUUUGUAACUUUGAGAGCACUAUAUCUGAUAGAAACUCUAGAAAAUAGUCCCUUGAGUAGUAGCCAAGUAUCAUUGAAGCAACUUAAUUUGCUACUCAGACUGAUCCUACAGAGACUAGCCUCAUCAACAAACAAAGCUGUGCUAAAACCACUUUGUUCUGUACUAGCUACAUUAUGUUUGCGAGAACCGCUAAGGAAAAUGGCUAUAAACAAAAUCAUUCAGAAGCUAGACAAAUUGUAUGAGCACACACUCUCGUUGCUGACUUUAAUCUACUUCUUAGGCGUUGAAGCAGUACAAAGCAUAUUUCUACCGAAUUUGGACAGAUUUUUAGAAAAUAUUAGAGGAUGUGAUGAUCCAGAUAUCAUAUAUAUCACCAAGGGCAUAUAUGGACAAAUAUGUAGAGCCAAUCUAAAUGAUACGCAUAUUCAAACUCGUUUCGUUUAUUCAAUCUCAAAAGGACUAUCUCUGGGAGAUGAAAUAAUGGUACUGUGGAAACCAUUCCGUCGAAAAGGUGUUGUUGAAACCAAAGACGAAAUAAACUUUGUUCCAAUGAAAACGCAACUGAUAAAAACGAGGAGAAAGGUAGAUGUUGAAAUACGAAGAGGCGUACUAAAACCACGUUUGGAGGAUGUCUUUGAGAUACCUUUAAAGAACUGUAAAGUAAAAAAAGCAGUAGAAGAUCACCGGAAAGGUUUGAAAUCUCAUAAAAAAGAAACUCGUGUCAUCGUUGGUAAAACCACUUUAUUGUUCUCUGUACUCAAGUCUAAUGAUAGAAAAAUGAAAAAUGGCUGCUGUGAUCAUUCAUUGUUAGGGUACAAUUUGUAAUAUAAAUUAUUUAUCAGAGA